UCUAAUUGAUUUAUUGGAGUCGAUAUAUGGAAAGGAACAUUGCUUAAUUUUCAAUCUUGUACAUUUAUUGGCACCUUAACUCACAAGUGAUCUAAAGAAUUAACAUUUGGAGGCUUAAUGCACAAAACAAUUAUGAAAUCACAUAAUAUGUUGAAAAAUUAACUCUAGAUCACCCAACAAAGAUAUGGAAAAUAUUCUUAAUUUCCAAAUUCGAAAAUUGUGGUAAAUAUUAAAUUUAGCAAUUAAUUGUAUUUUGUGUGCGCAUGAGUUUAAUUAACAAUCCUGUCAAAACACCUUUAAUUAGUUCAAUACCCUAUUUGGCAAAUGAAUAUAUGCAAACAGAAAGCAGUGUGAUAUAUAUGUACGAGUACAAAGAGGUGGCACUCUAGACAUGAAAAAUCUGGCAGAAGUUAACCAUUACACUACGCAUACCUUAUUGGCUGUGUCCCAUUUGUAAGAUUUCUGGGUCGUAGAGCUACUUUUCAAGGACACUUGGUGCCCAAACAGUUUCCGGUAACAAAAGGAAAUCAGUUUCCUGACGUAACCUGCAAUAUUUAUUUGGCUUAAUUUACUUAAUUAAUUAAUUAACGUCACUAAAGAGAAUCAAUAUUAUUAUAUAUAAUCUGCAACCUAUACGUCUCAAAGCAUUGCUUAAGCAAGUGCUCAAUUGUAUAUUUGCCUGCCAUAUAUAGAUAUCCAAACGAGUGUUAAACUUUGGCUUAAUUAGUUAGUUAAUUAUUACAAUAUACAUAUCCUGUGCAUGCGUUUGCACCAUAGAAAAAUAUCAGCUCACUAGCUUUUGCCUACUUCUUAUAUAUAAGCACAACCCCAGUUCUCCCUUCUCAUUGAGUUACAAACCUAGGUAAAGAGAAAGGCUGAAAAAGACAGAGAGAGAGAGAGAUGGCUGUGGUUCUUGUGUAUAGUUUUUGCUGUACAUUACUCUGGGCAAUUGUAUUGAGAGCGAUCAAAAGGAGAAUACAAGAGAAGAAAAGAGCAAACUUGCCACCAGGUUCAAUGGGGUUGCCUUAUAUUGGAGAGACUCUUCAACUCUACGCUCAAAACCCUGACAUCUUCUUUGCUGCCAGGCGGAAAAGGUAUGGAGAAAUAUUCAAGACUUGCAUUCUUGGUUGCCCUUGUGUUAUGGUGGCUAGCCCUGAAGCUAUCAGGUUUGUGUUGGUGACACAAGCAUGCUUGUUCAAGCCAACAUACCCACCUAGCAAAGAAAAAUUGAUAGGCCCAUCAGCAGUAUUCUUCCACCAAGGGAUUUACCAUACUCAAAUGAGAAAACUAGUACAAGUUUCAUUGUCUCUUGAUGUCAUCAGAAGCUUGGUCCCCCAUAUUGAAACUAUUGCCAUCUCUGCCUUGGAAUCAUGGUCUAGCACUUCUGGCAAAGUUGUCAACACUUUCUAUGAGAUGAAGAAGUUCACUUUUGAUGCUGCUGCUUUAUCCAUCUUUGGUAGCUUGGACACUUGCUACAGAGAAAAUCUCAAGACAAAUUACUACAUAUUAGACAAAGGUUACAAUUCUUUCCCAACACAUCUACCUGGAACUUUAUACACUAAAUCAGUCAUGGCAAGAAAAAAGCUAAGCCUGAUUCUUAGCCAGAUAAUAAGGGAGAGAAAGGAGAAGGGAUUAGUGCAGAAAGGUCUUUUGGGCUAUCUGCUAAAUUUCAAAGAUGAGAAGGGUCAAGCCCUAUCCACCCAUCAAAUCACUGAUAACAUUAUUGGUGUACUAUUUGCUGCUCAAGACACCACAGCUAGUCUCUUAACAUGGAUUCUUAAAUACAUUCAUGAUGAUUCAAAACUUUUAGAAGCUAUUAAGAUAGAGCAGACUGCGAUUUACGAAUCAAAUGGGAGAGGAAAAAAUCCAUUGACAUGGUCUCAAACUAGAAAUAUGCCCAUUACAAAUAGGGUUAUAAUGGAGAGCUUGAGGAUGGCUAGCAUCAUAUCUUUUACUUUUAGAGAGGCUAUACAAGAUGUCGAAUAUAAAGGAUUCUUAAUUCCAAAAGGAUGGAAGGUGCUUCCUUUGUUUCGAAACAUUCAUCACAAUCCAGACUACUUCACUGAUCCACAUGUAUUUAACCCUUCAAGAUUUGAGGUUCGACCAAAACCAAAUACUUUCAUGCCCUUUGGAAAUGGUGUACAUGCAUGUCCAGGAAAUGAAGUUGCCAAGCUAGAGAUUCUCAUUCUAAUCCAUCAUCUGGUCACCAAGUUCAGAUGGGAAGUUGUAGGGUCUGCAAAUGGGGUUCAAUAUGAUCCAUUUCCUGUGCCUCAACAAGGUCUCCAAGCUAAGUUUUGGAAAGAAUCUACCAGCUGCACAGCUGGUCAUGAUAUAUAAUAAAAUCCUUCAAACAUUUUCAUGUUCAUCUAGCUAGGGUUAAAAGAUCCUUCAAUUCUCUGCCUUCUUUUUCCUCCUCCAUUGUGUCAUUUUCCUACCUAAAAUGUCUCUCACUUUUGACAUAUUUGACUGGGAAAGAGAUGAGAAUUCAAGGGUUUUAAUGUUUCAUGUCACGGGUUUGGCUUCACCUUUGAAUUAAUGUGUGUGUGUAUAUAUAUAUAUAUAUAUAUAUGAAGUUAAUAAUCUUCAAUCUUUCAUUUGUA